UCCUCCCCCUACAAUCCCCGUUUCCUUAUUCCAUUUUUGUCUACAUAGGUAGACAGAGGCAAACCAUUUCCCACUCACACUGAGAUUCUCUCUCCUGAUGCUGGAAAUGUUUUAUCCAAAGGAAAGUUACCACAGAGUCAUAAUAUUUGAAUCAAAGGUUUCAUUGGGCAGUUUUGAAUAGUUCUAAGGGAAGGGAGACCUCUAUCAAGGGUAAGUUACUCAGAGAAGGGUCAACCUCUAGGGGAGGCCUUAAGGACCAUCUGUGUGGUCAGCCAUGUCCUCAUUCUGACGUCCAAGUUGUUCUGGGACCCUCCACCGGGGUUGGGGCAGUCCCAGAUUUGGACCACCCCCCACUCCCACGCCCAACUUCACAUUCUCAGCUGUUUCACUGGAUGUUGCAUCAGGGAGGGUGAUGAAAUCAGUGUCAGCGGAUUUUACCCAUGGAUGCAACAGCCUGAAGGACUGGCCAGGGUCACUGACAUAGCGCAUCUCAACUCCUUAGACCUCCUGGACUUCCUAGCUAUGGGACAGGGGUUAGGUGUUAGAAUAUCUAGCCCUUGCUUACCCUGGCAUCCCAAAAGAACUACUGCCUGAACCCCACAGAUCCUAUGAAACAUUGGGCCACUAAGGCUGAGGAGUCAGAAGGUUCUCAGCAACAAUUCUCUCCCUCCAAGAGCCCCCAAGCCCUCCUAGUCUCCACAAUGAGGCCUGAAGUGGGGGCAGAAUAUGUUUUAUGGCAUUAUAUGGCUUCCCAGUUCACAAAGUACCAUCGAGUCCAUUCUCUUCCAGGGAAAAUAAUUGUUCUCAAGGGAGAAAAAGAAGCCCCCUGGUUCUUAGAGGGCACCAGGUGGAAACCAAACUUCAUUCCAAACAGCUCGCUAUCCUAUUGGGAAAUAAAUGAAUGCUUCUGUUUUUGAUUUUUCUCAGGCAGGAGGUAAGGAAAUUAGGUGCUAGGGGGAAGUAUAUAGCUUUGAGAGGCAAAAAGAUGAGGGAAAAGUUAAACAGGAAGGAACUUGAGACUAGAUUCAUUUAAAUAUUCGUUCCUCCUACCCCCACCCCCUCUACAGCCACUUCGAUUCAUGGAGAGCAUUACACAUAUGCCCCAUCCCAGGCCUCCAGCCACAGCAACCACACGUCUCAUUUCCCUUGGAACUAAGGCUGCAUACCUGGGCUCCCCACGGAGGGGGAUGAUGCAGGGAGGGGAAUCCCACCUGCUGUGAGUCACCUGCUAGUAUAAAGGGCGGGUCUUACAAUGCAGGGACCUUAAAAAGAGACUCAGAGACAAGGGGAGAAAAACAGCAGGAAGCAGUUCAGAAACAGAACAGAAGGAACCAAACCAGAGACUCACAGAACGGACAGCAUCAGGCUCAGCACAGGGAAGUGGGCAGAGAUUCCACAAGGACCAGUGCAAGGCCCAGAGCCAGCCAGAUUUGAGAAGCAGGCAGCGAGAUGCUGGGAAGCAGGGCUGUGAUGCUGCUGCUGCUGCUGCUGCUGCUGCCCUGGACUGCUGAGCCCCGGGCUGUGCCUGAGGGCAGUAGCCCUGCCUGGAUUCAGGGCCAGCAGCUCUCACAGAAGCUCUGCACGCUGGUGUGGAGUGCACAUCCUCCCAUGGGACAUGUGGACCUACCAAGAGAAGAGGGAGAUGGUGAGACUACAAGUGAUGUCCCCCGCAUCCAGUGCGGGGAUGGCUGUGAUCCCCAAGGACUCAAAGACAACAGUCAGUUCUGCUUACAAAGGAUCCACCAGGGCCUGGUUUUUUAUGAGAAACUGCUGGGCUCAGACAUUUUCACAGGGGAGCCUUCUCUACUCCCUGAUGGCCCUGUGGGCCAGCUUCACGCCAACCUCCUGGGCCUUAGGCAACUCUUGCAGCCAGAGGGUCACCACUGGGAGACUGAGCAAACUCCAAGCCCCAGUCCCAGCCAGCCAUGGCAGCGCCUCCUCCUCCGCCUCAAGAUCCUUCGCAGCCUCCAGGCCUUUGUGGCUGUAGCUGCCCGGGUCUUUGCCCACGGAGCAGCAACCCUGAGCCCGUAAAGCCAAUGGCUUAAGGAUGGUACCCAGAUCUCCAUGGCUUAGCAGUGCUAAUGAAUCAGCCCGGGCACCUGUAAGCCAAUAAGUUAUCAGUCCAUUAAUUCUAAUGAGACUUGCAUAUGUUGCAUACUGACCUAGGACAAAGUUGAAUAUUUAUUCAAUAGGAAGGGAAAACUUAAGAUUAUUUAUCCUCAUGGCAGCAGCUUGGGGAGGAUUAUUUAUUAUAUUUAUAUUGAAUUAUGUACUUUUUUCAAUAAAGACAUAUUUAUGUGGA